CGGUACCUCGUUCUCAGCCCUGCUGAGAGGACUUGUGGGGUGACGUGAGGGUCUCGGUGGUGGGCAGGGGGUGCUCCUCGAGGGGAUGGGGCAAGAGGCCGAAGCAAAGUGCCCCGAUCAGAGCCAGGCCUGGGACAGGGGGAGCUUUCCAAGCACAAUCCCAGACAGGAACUCCGGCCUGUGCUCAGCUCCCCGCAGGUCACCCCGUUCGCAGGGUUUGGCGAGCAGGACCAAGUCCCGGGGUCCCCAGGGGUCAGGGCUUGGGAUGAUCAGUGGAUGUGACCCAGAGAGGGCGUAUCUGGAAGGGGACACUAGGACACGGCAUCCCACAUCCCCUGGCCCGGGCCACCCCAAACUUGAGAGCACAAGUUGGGGGGACAACAGGGAAGGGACCCAGGGGCUGAGCGAUGGAUCUGGUGUCCCUUCACGUGACAAAGUGCCUGCAGGGAAAUAGGGGUCUAUACAAGCAGGGUUACCCCCCCCACCUUCCCGGAUGUGGAUGCAACAUGUUGGGGGGCUGCACCCUGGUUCUCCAGGACCCCGAGAACCCCGCAGCAAGUCGCUGAUCUCUCCCAGCCCUGAUUUCCUCCCUGUUUCCCUCCACUUCUUUCCUGGCUGCACGUCUGGCCAGGUGCAGCCUGACGUCCAUCCUCGCCCCCUGACCUCUGCCGUCCGAUCGGGACGGCAGAGUGGGGGUGAGGGGCGGGAGGGGGCGUCCCCGCUGCUGUCCCCUGCCCCGGCGUCCGGCCCUGAGGCCUGUGGCGGGCUGGCCCCAGCCCAGAAAUGCACUUAAGCUCCUGAUUGAGCAAUGUCACUGAUUGCUGGUGGUGUUGGGGGGGCGGUUUGCAGUGGGGCCCCCCAGAAGGCAGCCGCGGGAGGGGGGCCUCCGGGAAGGCCCGGCCCACAGCCUCUGGGGCCCUGGACACGACGGGCCGCGUGGCCCGGCACCGACGGAGGGAAAGCUGCUCUGACCGCCCAGGCUAAGAGCAUGGAGACGACAGCUGUCCGCUGGGAGGGCAGUGGGGAGGCUGUGGGGGGCUGUGUCCCCUGGGGAGAGGCCCGUUCAGGGCAGGAGUUCCCCAGGGCGUGUACAGACCUGGGCCCAGGACGCGGGGAAGCAGACGCUCAGCCUGAGAGGGGCAGGGGGGACAGCGGCAGGACAGGGUCCGGGCCCCCCGCAGCCCCAUCUCUGUGCCCAGUCACCCCCUUACUCUCUUUAUCCACCUCAGAGACCCCCUUGGGGGAAGGAGCUGAGGCUGAGCCGGGGCCAGGGCAGUGCCCAAGGCCCGAACCCCGCUUUCCUGUCCUUGCUGGGAGCCGGGGCAAUGGCUUUGGGGGCGACGGCCAAGUCCCCGAGCACAUGGGGUGCCCAGACAGGCAGGGAGGGGGUUAAUGGUGAGACCUCCCUUCUCUGGAAAGAAAACUCCCCUCUACACCCAGCUGCCUGGCUCCCCUCCAGCCCAGCGGAGAAGCUGAAAGCUGGGAAGUUUGGGCGUGCGGCCAGCUCUGUCUUCACCGCCGCCAACUCGGGGCGAGCGCUAAAAGAGGGGAGCAGCCUGACCCCGCUCUGGCCGCCGACUGUCCGUCCACACUCCUGUCUGUCCAUCUGGUCAUCCGUCUUUGACUUCUCUGCCUGUCCUGUCUGUCUGUCCACUUGUAAACCUCUCUGUCCAUCCAUCUAUAAGCCAGUCCUUGUCUGUCUGUCCAGCGGUCAGGCCUGUCUGUCAAUCUGUCUGUCUCUCUGCCCACCCCCCCACUCCCCGUCUAUUUGUUCAUCUGUCCAAUCAUCUGUCAGUCCGUCUGUACGGCUCGUCUGUUUGCGGCUGUCUCCGUCCUUCUCUCCAUCUGUCCGUCUGUCCACCUGCCUCCCCUCAUCCUCACCGGGCCCCGGAGCCAUGCCACGGGGCCACGGGGCCACGGUCGGCCUGGCCCUGCUGGGGCUGGGGCUGGCGGCGGCCAUUCUUGUGCCCGCCGUGCUGCUCUCCCGCCACCGCAGCCCCUGCGGACCCCGCAGCUAUGCCCAUGCGGCCGUCGCCGCCGACUCCAAAGUCUGCUCGGACAUCGGACGAGCUGUCCUCCAGCAGCGUGGCACGCCCGUGGACGCUGCCAUCGCGGCCCUGGUGUGUACCAGCGUCGUCAACCCCCAGAGCACGGGCCUGGGCGGAGGGGUCAUCUUCACCAUCUACAACGCGACCACAGGGAAGGUGGAGACGAUCAACGCCAGAGAGACGGUGCCAUCCAGCCACGUCCCGGGCCUGCUGGAUCAGUGUGAGAAGGCCCAGCCGCUGGGCACAGGAGCCCAGUGGAUCGGGGUGCCCGGGGAGCUCCGAGGCUAUGCCGUGGCCCAUCGCCGCCACGGCCGCCUGCCCUGGGCACAGCUAUUCCGGCCGACGAUCGUGCUGCUCCGCGGGGACCACCGCGUGUCCCCCACCCUCGGCCGGCUCUUGAACAAUAGCUACCUGCGGCCCCUCUUGUAUGCCUCGUCCCUGCAGCAGCUCUUCUUCAACGCGACGGAACCCCUAAGGCCUCAGGACCCGCUGCCCUGGCCAGCGCUGGCCACGACCCUGGAGACAGUGGCCGCGGAGGGCGCGGAGGCCCUGUACACGGGGAGGCUGGCCCGGAUGUUAGUGGAGGACAUCGCCAAGCAGGGGAGCCGGCUGACGCUGCAGGACCUGGCCGCCUUCCGCCCUGAGGUGGGGGGUGCCCUGGAGGUGCCCCUGGGAGGUUACACCCUGUACUCACCACCGCCGCCUGCGGGGGGCCCGAUCCUCAGCUUCAUCCUCAACGUGCUGAAAGGGUUCAACUUCUCUGCAGAGUCCGUGGCCAGGCCCGAAGGGAGGGUGGAUGUGUACCACCGCCUCGUGGAGACCCUCAAGUUCGCGGGAGGCCAGAGGUGGCGGCUGUGGGACCCCCGCAGCCACCUGGAGGCCCAGAACGCCUCCCAGGAGCUGCUGGGGGAGGCCCUGGCCCGGCACGUCCGCCAGCAGAUCGACGCCCGGGGAGACCACCCCCUCAGCCACUACCGCCUGGCCGGGGCCUGGGGCCACAGGACGGGCACGGCUCACGUGUCCGUGAUCGGCGAGGAUGGCAGUGCAGUGGCUGCCACCAGUACCAUCAACACACCCUUUGGCGCCAUGGUGUACUCACCUCAGACAGGCCUCCUUCUCAACAACGAGCUCCUGGACUUGUGCUGGAGAUCCCCGCAAGGCUCUGGGGUCACACCUCCACCCGUUCCAGGCGAGCGGCCCCCGUCAUCCAUGGCCCCCUCCAUCUUGCUCAACGCAGCCCAGGGGUCAAAGCUGGUGAUCGGAGGGGCUGGCGGGGAGCUGAUCAUCCCUGCCAUGGCCCAGGCCAUCAUGAAUAAGCUGUGGCUUGGCUUUGACCUGAGAACGGCCAUCGAAGCCCCCAUCCUGCAUGUCAAUAGCAAGGGCCAUGUGGAAUAUGAGCCCAACUUCAGCCAGGAGGCGCAGAAGGGGCUGCAGGCGCGGGGCCAGAGCCGGGAGACGAGGCCAUAUUUCCUGAACGUGGUGCAGGCUGUGUCCCAGGAGGGGGCCUGUGUGGACGCCGUGUCGGACCCCAGAAAGGGCGGGGAGGCUGCCGGGUACUGAAGACAGGAUCUGCUCCGCCGAGAGCCGGGGUACCCCACCCCCCGCCUUCCAGGUCCCUGCUGGCCCCGCGCCCAGGCUGGUUGUGGCCACGGCGCACUUCGGUUGGAUUUGGAAACUGAGGCCGGGGAGGGCAGCCUGGGGCUGGGCAUCCCCCAAAGCCUCUCUCCCGGAGCCCCUGGAGGCCCAGCGCUGGACCCUCUAAGAGGGGGGAAACUGAGGCUCAGAGAACGACCAGACCAGCCCCCCCUGCUCCCCCAAAUCUGCCCCGUCUGGUGUUUGUGGGAGAAUCUGCAGCCAACCUGCCCCCGCGAAGGCAGUGGGUGUGGCCUGGGGGUGCUUGCUCCCCCUGCACCCCAACUCGCUGGGGGCCCUUGGCCAAAGCCCGUCUCCCUGCCAGGAAAAGUUUGGCGGAAGCAAGAUAUGAGGCGCCUCCAGCCCCAACAGAUCAUGUUCUGGAAACCAGCUUUCUCCUACUACUCGGCAGUAUUGACGUUUUGAGCUGGACAAUUCUUUAUGUGUGAGUUUGGGGGUGUCUUGUGCAUUAAAGGAUGCUGAGCUUA